AUGCAAACGCGGUGUGCUGGGGGAGGGAGGGGGUCUCGUUCUCUGUACUACACAGGCAGACUUCCUCGCCACGGAGCUUUUUAAAUUUUUUUUUUUUUUGGAGGGGGGGGAGUUGCGACUUUGCUGGCCGCUGCAAGCUUCGUUGAUGCGCAUUUGCUGGCAUGUUGGUGAAAGAUGAGGCAGCCGUGUGCGAAUGUUGCAGAACACCGGUAGAGGACUACUUGCCUUGCUGUUGAUGGUGUUGGAGUGGACCUGCCCAAGCCUGCCAUCCCCGCUGGGGCCCAUCUGCGACCUGAGGGUGCUGAACCAUUUCAUCAAAGAAGCGCAAGACGCCGAAGUCGCCAUGAAGUCAUGCCGGAAUGGAUGCAGCCUGUCUCAGUCCGUCAGCAUUCCCCAAACCAGAGUAGACUUUAACGUCUGGGAGAGGAAAAAUGCCAUGGAGAAAGCCCAGGAAGUGCAGUGCGGACUGUGGCUUCUGCAUCAGGCCCUCGGCGUGCUGCGUAGCUCGGUCACCAACGCGGCGCUGCACGGCCACAUCGACAACUCGGUGAAGAACGUGCGCAACAUCAACGGCGUGCUGCGCAGCCUCAACAUUCCGGAAUACACGCCUCCGGCGAGCCUGGAGAGCACAUGGCGGGCGUCCACGGCGGCCGACUUGCUCCAAGUGCACGUCAACUUCCUGCGAGGCAAAGUGCGGCUCCUUCUCACGGACGCGCAGGUCUGCCAGCAAGACAUUAGCUGAUUGCCCCCACUCCACGCUUCUGCCGCUUUAUCCUGCCGUGGCGAGAGAAAGGCCUCCCCCCCUUCUGAUGACCUACUUGCUAGCUGCUAGAAGUGGUGUGGAAUUGAGGAGACAAAAAACAAAGCCACAACCAUCCUUCUUUUUUUUUUUUUUUUUAACUAAGCGAAGUGAGGGCAAAGAACGGUCACAGCCGGAGAGAACGGCACCUUGAAAUGUCCUCGCGGACAUACGCAAAGAAGCGCGGCUCUUGCACUUUUGGUGUAUGUGCCAGUUAAGACUGCACAUGGGUGUAUUUGUCUCUUGCCUGACAGUUUAACCUUUUGGAAUACGGAACGGGAUCCGGUGAAUAAUUGAUGACCUACAAAAAAAAAAAAAAAAAACGUGGAUGAGGCCUUGUCACACACUUUCUGUUUGGUGUUUGUUUAUUUGUACACAGUGACCAGGUGGCAUAUCUUUUUUUUUUAUAAAAAUUUCAUAAUGACUAUUUAUACAGAUUUUCUACUUUUGAGCUUUGUAUUUGUCAAGUGUUCAUCUUGGGCGUGGCUAACAGAUGUUUGGAAAAGCCACCGUUUGCUUUGUGUCAUCCCGUUCUCUUCCCCCGCACC